AUGUGUUUUUAUGACGAGAUCCAUUAUGAUGAACAACUCUCCCUGGAAGAUACUUUGCCCGCUGCUACAAUGUUUCCCUUUUAUUGUACAGAUGCAGGGGAUAGGCGGUGUAUUCUAGGCCUACAGAAGAUGACGGAAUACAAGCUCGUCGUUGUUGGAGCUGGUGGCGUAGGCAAGAGCGCACUGACAAUACAGCUUAUUCAGAAUCAUUUUGUAGACGAAUAUGAUCCUACAAUAGAGGAUUCGUACAGGAAGCAAGUAGUAAUUGAUGGCGAAACCUGCCUCUUGGACAUUCUGGAUACAGCCGGUCAGGAGGAGUACAGUGCGAUGCGGGACCAGUACAUGAGGACGGGCGAGGGCUUUUUAUGUGUAUUUGCUAUCAACAACACAAAAUCUUUUGAAGACAUUCAUCAUUAUAGGGAACAAAUAAAAAGAGUGAAAGAUUCUGAAGAUGUCCCCAUGGUGCUAGUAGGGAACAAAUGCGACUUGCCUUCGAGAACUGUAGACACAAAACAAGCUCAGGACUUAUCUAGAAGUUAUGGAAUUCCUUUCAUCGAAACCUCUGCAAAAACGAGACAGGGUGUUGACGAUGCCUUCUACACGCUAGUUCGGGAAAUCCGAAAACAUAAAGAGAAGAUGAGCAAAGAUGGCAAAAAGAAGAAAAAGAAGUCAAAGACAAAGUGUAUAAUUAUGUAAAUGCAAUUUACCUUUUCUCCUUAAAGUGUACGUCAGUAAACGUGAUUCAUUUUUGUACCAUUACACUAAAUUAUUAGCAUACAUGAUUUUAGCAUUACUUUUUCAAAAAGCAAAUGUCCUCCCUGCUCUCUGAACCCAUUAGCUGCCUCUUCUGGAUGUUUGCUUUUAAGUGACAGUGGAAACCAUUCCUCUUGAAGUGCCAGUAACCCCUGAGUGUUGGUGCUUGAACCUAGCAAUGCCUGUGAAAAAUCAAAAAUACCUGGAAGCUUUUUCCUUCAGGGGUAUUUUGGUGCAUGCAAAACCUGCUAAUGUUUCUGGUUCCCCCCCCCAAUCUUUAUUUUUCUUAGAAAAUUGUGAUUUGUCUGUUCUUUAGAGGACCAGCCUUACUGCUAGAUUUACCCCUGCCUGGUAAAUCUUUUCUCCGGGGUAGAGGGGUGGGGGAGCACAGCACGGCUGCACACUCCCUUCAGCCAAGAGCAGGAAGGCUGAAUGGAGGACUUGAUGCUUAUGGCGGAACUCCUUCCCCUGUGCAGUGGGGCACUCUCCACCCACAGACGUCACUCUACUAGGUCAGAAGCUGGGGAAGAAUGAGGAGGGAUCCCAUUUGAGUUGUAUACAACCGGGUAGCGGGCUACAAGAGCAGACAGCAGUGGUUGUGCCACCGUACCAAGAGAUAGCAGAGAUCUUAUGCGAUCCCUUUGAAGUGCAGCACUCAUGAGACCCGGGUGAUUCACAGGACCAGGGGCUUCCCAAGCAAGUGGGAACCAAGGAGCGGAGGGGCCGUGGGCUGUUGAGACACCAUAAAAGGCCCAACUGCAGACACCUGAGAGGAAGCAGGCUGGUUCUGAGGACUACCAGCGGCCUGCUGCAGGGCAGGAGAAAGGGAGGGUGUCCCAAGUUGCCACACGAAGGGAGCUGGGAAAUUGUUAGGGCCACAGCUGUGUGUGCCCUGUAGGGGUGUAAGCACCAAGAACUCAGGACCAUCAUUAGAGUUUAGGGGGAGAUUGUGGUUGUGGGGAGGGGGUGGGAGGGGAGGCCUUUUUCCGAUGUGAGAUGCUAGAGCCAGCUGAGAUGGAUGCAGGCACAGGCCUUCUGUAAUUUUAGUAUAGGGAUAGCCAACAUGGUAUUCUCCAGGUGUUGCUGGACUCCAGCUCCCAUCAGCCCUAGCAAGGGCGGCCAAUUAUCAGGGAUGAUGGGAGCUGUAGUUCUAACGUAUAGGGGGCCACAGUUUCCCAUCCCUGGUAUAAAAGGUAACAUCCUGAUCUCUCCAGCUUAAUUUCUGCUUACUGUGUUUGUGACGUGGUUUGGUUAAAAGGACUGGUCAGCACAAGUGAUCCUGGUUUUCCGAGAUGCUUAAAAAAACAAGUAGUUUUGGUUCUGCUGACUGCAAUAUUGAUAUACCAGAAGCCUUUUAAAGCCUUCCUUAGAUAUAAUUUCUGCUUUCAGGCACCUUUUCGUAUAGUAUUUCCAAUCAACUUGAAUGAAUGUAAAAAAGUGCAGACUUUUCAUAGAGACAAGUCCCCUCCCACUGCCUUGUAGCAGUUUGUCACAGGUCAUUCUUAAAGUAACUAUUUUUUUUAUUAAAAAUGAAAAUGUAAAAAAAAAAGGAAAGAAAGAAAAUGCCAAAUUUCACAUUGGAGUGGUUUGCUGUAAUAAACUACUAUUUACCACUACAA